CCGAAAUGUUGCGCUGAAGUGGAAUGUAUGCAGUGGACUGCACACUUUUGCUGAGACCCCUUAGGUGGCUCGGUCAUGUGAGCCGUAUGGAUUCGACGCGGAUACCAAAACAACUAUUAUCUGCUCAGCUAAACAUUGGGGAGCGACAUGGGCAGAAACCAAAGUUACGUUACCAGGACAUGAUCAAAUUGAGUCUUUCAUGUUCUAAUCUUGAUUGCAGGCCAUGGGAAUCGAAGGUGGUUGAUCGGCGUGUAUGGCGCGAUCUGAUCACGAAGGCAAUUGCCGAGGUGCAAGUGAAAGCCAUCCUGCGUGCAGAGGAGAAGCGUCAACUGCGGAAGCGACAGGCCCCGAUGAGUUAUACUCUAUCGACAUCGAGCGCAUGGUGCUGUAGCACUUGCGGUCGCGAGUGGCUGAGUCAGGCAGAUCUAGUGAACCAUGAGCGAGGCCACUCGGGGCCACCACCGAAGCGACGACGAGUGCUGCAGAGAACGUAGGCAGACCUGGCGCAGCGUUUGUAGCCUCUGCACUUGCCGCCACUGCCUUCUUUGCGGGAAGUGUUGCGUAUUUAUGGCCUGCAUGCGCAGAAACAACUGUCACAAAAUUUCCUCCUGCAACCGGCUUCUUUGAACAGCUUCAUCAAAUGUUCUGGAAGCCUCCGCAAUGCUUACGUUCUGGAAGUUGGUCCCGGUCCUGGUGGACUGACGAGGGCUAUUUUAAAUUGUCAGCCUAAACAUUUAGCGGUUGUUGAAGUUGAUCGUCGUUUUAUUCCUACUUUGGAAGAGUUACGUACAGUCGCCGCUGAGAUUGGUGUAAAAAUGGAUAUUUAUCGCCAGGAUAUCCUUCAAUUCAACGCAGAAAAUAUCUUCCCUAUUGAAUCCACGUGGAACAAAGAGGUGUCGGAUAUCUCACCAGCUUCUCCCUCCAGUCUGGACAACAACACGUGCUUAUCUUCGCUUGUCACCACUCAUCAGCCACAGCCUCGUGUUGUUGUCAUUGGGAAUCUUCCGUUCAAUAUAUCCACUCCGCUCGUUGUUCAAUGGCUGCAUGAUGUGGCCGAAAGGCGAGGUCUUUGGAAAUUCGGCCCUGUUCCUAUGGUCUUAACUUUUCAAAAGGAGGUUGCUGAUCGGCUGGCUGCAGAUGCGUGGGGUGAACAGCGUUGCAGGUUGUCUAUCUUGGCGCAAGCUUUUUGCGAGGUGAAGUAUCUCAAAACCAUCCCGGGAACAGCUUUUCUUCCCAUCCCCAAGGUGGAUGCCGCUAUCGUCAAGCUUGUCCCUCUGCAUCAGCCCCUCAUACCGGUUCCUUUCCCUUACGUUGCCAAAUUGGUUCGAUGCGCCUUCCAGUUUCGUUGCAAGCAAGUCGUUCGCGGCAUUGAGACCCUUUUUCCUACCUGUCGACCAGAUUUGGUUAUUCAACUUUUCAAGGAGGCGGCGGUGCAGCCCUCCAAACGUCCCACUCAACUCUCUAUCCAGGAAUUUCGUGACUUAUGCUCCGUGUACCAGCGCAUUUGCCAGCAAAAUUCGGACAUAUUCGGUUUUCACUACACCGCCCGGGAAAACUUGCCACAUUGGCAUAAACGAAAACAGAUUCAGCGCGACAUCCUCGGGUCGGAGCAAACAUUGAAUGUAGAAUACGUUCGACAACAGAUGGUUCAUUGAGUGCUACGUGUGAAUUCUACUCCAGGCGCAUUUACCAAUGUUCGUCGACGAUCGUGUAAAUUACAUUAGAUCCUACGCUCAAUCGUGUCUUGAAUAUUCUCCCUACUCCUGCAUCUUCCGGUGUUUUUACUUCGGAACAAUACAUUCUAGACGGGUUUAUUGCCAUUCCAUUCGGCCCAGCCCACCAGUUUUUUUUACAUUUACCAGGCUUUAGAUCAAAUACUCUGGAUGAAAUGUUAUAUGGUCUUGUUUCUCUAUUCUUUGGACCUCCACUGCAUCUUGCGUGUCCUCCCCUUCUCUAUUUUACCUCUUUGCUGCUCAUCGCUAUCACAAUACCUUUCACCUCUACUUCUUUCGCUUCUAACAUCUAAUCUGUCCUUUCCAUGAUGGUUGGCGCGUCGGACAAUUGGCCCUGUGUCCCUGUAUUGUCUAGUGCUGUGCACCGCUUCCUGUCUCCCAUCCCAUGUCUUUUUCUCUUCUAGCAAUUGGCGGCUCUAUGGCCGAGGACAUUACUGACGGUCUAAAAUUCGCGCGUUUUUAUUUUUAUCCAGUGACCUUCACACUGACUUCCUCUCAUUUUCCGCAUUUUUGUAAUUGGCGCUUAAAACUAUCGUUUGUUUCGAUGACUUUUUCUUUACUUUUUUCUCUCUUAUAGUUAAACUGUAGACAGCUGGACGCUUCAUUCUGCGACAGAAACCGCUGAACCACUUCACAAUACAAAAUUCGGGUAUUUUGUUACACUGACCGUGUAUUUACAAGGGAAACUCACACGAAUUCAUUCAUUAUUAGGAUUUUGUCUCAGUUUACCGUGCUGAAGCAACUUGCUGUGGAUAGUGCAAUGGAAAAACUCC